AUGCAAAAUUCAGCGAGAAUGAAACCUUAUUCGGUCGACAAGAGCCCGGCAGCUUAUGACGAGUACAAGUUCACCCUGCCGGAGCUGUAUCGAGAGUUGGCAAAGGAAGAACUCCGAGAGGACGAUGCAGUGCGUGAGAAUGCCCUCGCCGAGAUGCGCAUAUGGAUUGUGAAAAAUCCGCACAUUCGCAAGUGCCGAACCGAUGCGAAAUUCUUGCUCCGUUUCCUGCGCUUCCGGCAGUUUUCGGUCCCGAUGGCGUGCGAGGCGCUGGAACGAUACUUGGCCAUACGUGCUCUCUACCCUAGUUUGUUCAAAAACCUGGACUGUAAUGAAACGGUUAUGAAAGAGCUCGUGGGCUACGAACCUCUGACAUACCUCGGGCAGGAUCAUACCGGUCGGGCGGUUUACCUUUAUCGCUUUGGUAUGUUUAACGGUGAGAAACAUAGCGCCCUACAGGAUGCCCGCUACAUAGUUCUAAUUCUGGAGACGAUUCUUGAGUGGGAGGAAUCUCAAAUCGGCGGUCUCCACGUUCUGCUCGAUUACGACGGGUGUACCAUGAGCAACUUUGAGAAAUGGGGUACCUCCGAUCUGAAACUCAUCAUGGAAGUCUACAGCCAAUCGUAUCCAUUGCGAUUCAGUGAAAUUCACUCGACACAGCUUCAAAAAUUUGGCAUUCCUGUAGUGGAAACGCUAGUGUCGUUCGCCAAUCCGAAACUGCGUGAAAAGAUUACGUGCUAUAAAACGGUCGCCGAAUUGGAGAAGCAUUUUGAGCCAGCUUUAAAGCCGACCGUGUAUGGUGGAGAGGCAAAUCUGGAUGAGCUUAACCGAGCCUUCCGAAAACGGAUCGAGGAACAGCGAGAGAUUACACUCGGGCUGGAUGAUAUGGAGAUCGACGUUGAGCAUUACGCAGCGGUGUGGGCUUUUGAGGAAUCAUCCCCUACAGAUGAAAUUAGUGGCGCUUUGUUUAAGCAGUUGAACAUUAUGUGAAUUGGAAGGGCCAAUAGAACUUUGAAAUUUCCAAUC